AUGGACGGACUAAACGAAUUUCGAACAAUACGGGUUGCCGAGGUCCUCUCGGACUUCCAGAGCAUACAGUACUUCAUUGCGGCCGCACCCGUGGACCCUCCAAAUAUGAACGACUACUACACCGAGGGUUGGGCCGCACUCCGGCAAUGUAACCUGGACGGCCAGCGGAUUUUGAAUUGUGGCGCAGACACAAGCGUUCCCGAGGCGAACGGUGGACCCGAUGAGCAGGCAAAGGCCGAAUUAAAACAAUGUCUCCUCGAUGCGUUCGCACGCCGGCACGAGGCGCAGAAGAUAUACCUCCGCCAAGCUGCUGCGCAGCGGUGGAUCGAGUAUCGGGAGCAGGUUCUCAAAUCGCACUCUGGGAAUCAGUCCCAACUGAGGCGGUGCGACCAACAGCUCAGAGCAGAGCUCCAGGUCAUAACUGAUGAGGCCAUCUACGCGGAGUUGCAGUCGUCUGACAUUACAAUGGGCCGCUGGACGGCUGAGGAUCCCAGCCUGCGCAGUAUACAGCGGUGGGUUCGCACUCGACGAUAG